CUCCCCACGACCGCGAGGCCGCGCGCGGGCCGGUCCUGCGCUGCCCGGCGGGAGGGGCCAGACCCCGCGUUCCUCCUCCCUACCGGUGUCCAUCCUUAAAGCGCGAGUCCCGACGCCCCGCCUGUGGGAGAGGGCGCCGGGAUCCGGACUGGGAGCAGCCCGGGCAGGCCGGGGCCGGCCGAGGAGGUCCUGAGGCGACAGAGCUGCCGCGGCUGGCACACGAGCGCCUCGGCACUAACCGAGUGUUUGCGGGGGCUGUGAGGGGAGGGCCCCGGGCGCCAUUGCUGGCGGUGGGAGCGUCGCCCGGUCUCAGCCCGCCCUCGGCUGCUCUCCUCCUCCGGCUGGGAGGAGCUGUAGCUCGGGGCCGUCGCCAGCCCCGGGCCCGGGCUCAAGAAUCGAGGGCCUCGGCCGCCGUCCCGCAGCGCAGUCCUCCGCCCGCGCCGGGCAGCCAGGGCAGAGACCAUGUUUGACAAGACGCGGCUGCCGUACGUGGCCCUCGAUGUGCUCUGCGUGUUGCUGGCUUCCAUGCCUAUGGCUGUUCUAAAAUUGGGCCAAAUAUAUCCAUUUCAGAGAGGCUUUUUCUGUAAAGACAACAGCAUCAACUAUCCGUACCAUGACAGUACCGUCACAUCCACUGUCCUCAUCCUAGUGGGGGUUGGCUUGCCCAUUUCCUCUAUGAUUCUUGGAGAAACCCUGUCUGUUUACUGUAACCUUUUGCACUCAAAUUCCUUUAUCAGGAAUAACUACAUAGCCACUAUUUACAAAGCCAUUGGAACCUUUUUAUUUGGUGCAGCUGCUAGUCAGUCCCUGACUGACAUUGCCAAGUAUUCAAUAGGCAGACUGCGGCCUCACUUCUUGGAUGUUUGUGACCCAGAUUGGUCAAAAAUCAACUGCAGUGAUGGUUACAUUGAAAACUACGUAUGUCGAGGGAAUGCAGAAAAAGUUAAGGAAGGCAGGUUGUCCUUCUACUCAGGCCACUCUUCGUUCUCCAUGUACUGCAUGCUGUUUGUGGCACUUUAUCUUCAAGCCAGGAUGAAGGGAGACUGGGCAAGACUCUUACGUCCCACACUGCAAUUUGGUCUUGUUGCUGUAUCCAUUUAUGUGGGCCUUUCUCGAGUUUCUGAUUACAAACACCACUGGAGUGAUGUGUUGACUGGACUCAUUCAAGGAGCUCUGGUUGCAAUAUUAGUUGCUGUAUAUGUAUCGGAUUUCUUCAAAGAAAGAACUUCCUUUAAAGAAAGAAAAGAGGAGGACUCUCAUACAACUCUGCACGAAACACCAACAGGGAAUCACUAUCGGAACAAUCACCAGCCUUAACGGGCAGCCGGGUGCCCAAGUGAAGCUGGCCUGUUUUCUAAAGAAAAAUGAUUGCCACAAGGCAAGAGGAUGCGUCUUUCUUCCCAGUGUACAAGCCUUUAAAGGACUGCUGCUGCUGCUGCUAUGCCUCCUGGAUGCCCACUUUGUGUGUACAUAGUUACCUUUAACACAGUGGUUACUGAAUAGCUCUAAAUUCAUUUAAAAAAUUCCAAGCCUUUCACCAAAACAAUGCCCCACCUGUAUACAUUUUUAUUAAAAAAAUGUAAUGCUUAUGUAUAAAUGUGUAUGUAAUAUGCUUUCUAUGAAUGAUGUUUGAUUUAAAUAUAAUACAUAUUAAAAUGUUUGAGGACAAC